AGGAAAGCCGGCCUCAGACAGAAGAGCAAGAGCAAGCAAGCAGACAUGAGAGGCGCCCGCCUCGCCCCGUGCCUGCCCUUGCUCCUGCUCGCCGCUUGCUGGGGCGGAGGCGCCGACGGCCACGGCGUGCACCCGCUCUCGCGGAUCGCCAUCCACCACGCCCGCGUCGCCCUGGACGCCUCCGCCGCCGUGCGGGCGUUGCCCAAGCUCCUCGGCUCGCGGGGCGAAGAUACGGCUUGGGUGACCGUAGAAUUCAAAAUACCACGUGCAAGCGACGGCGACUGGAUCGGGGUAUUCUCCCCUUCCAAUUUCAACGGGUCCACAUGCCCUGGUUCCCAUGGGUCGGGCCCUGGCCCUGCCAUAUGCUCGGCGCCAAUAAAGUAUCAGUUUACAAACUACUCGUCAGGUUAUAACAAGUCAGCGACAGGGGCUCUCAAGUUCCAGCUGAUCAACCAGCGCCAGGAUUUUUCCUUCGGAUUCUUCACCGGUGGACUCUCAAAUCCAACGCUCGUCGCGGUGUCGAACAGGAUCGUCUUCGCGAACCCGAAAGCGCCCGUUUACCCACGCCUAGCACUCGGAAAAACAUGGAACAAGAUGACUGUCACAUGGACAAGCGGCUAUGGCAUCAGUGAGGCGCACCCCUUCGUUGAAUGGGGCAUGAAAGGGAGCCAUCCUGUGCACGCAGCAGCUGACACCGUCACCUUUGGUCGUGAGAGCCUCUGUGGAGAACCGGCUCGUAGUGUUGGUUGGAGGGAUCCAGGCUUCAUACACACAGCUUUCCUGAAGAAUCUCUCACCAGAGAAAGAAUACUACUACAAAAUUGGUCAUAGGCUCCGUAAUGGACAAGUCAUAUGGGGCAAGCCUAAAUCCUUCAGAGCACCUCCUUAUCCUGGGCAAAAGUCGCUGCAGAGGGUCGUUAUUUUCGGCGACAUGGGAAAGGACGAGAGGGACGGAAGCAACGAGUACCAGAACUACCAGCCUGCAUCACUCAACACCACCGACGCGCUCAUCAGGGACCUCGACAACACCGACAUCGUGUUCCACAUCGGCGACAUCUCCUACGCCAACGGGUAUCUGUCGCAGUGGGAUCAGUUCACGCAGCAGGUCGAGCCCAUCACCUCCCGAGUGCCCUACAUGAUGGCAAGCGGGAACCACGAGCGAGAUUUCCCCAACAGCGGGUCGCUGUACAACGGCACGGACUCCGGCGGAGAGUGCGGCGUGCCGGCCGAGACCAUGUACUACGUUCCUACGGAGAAGAGAGACAACUACUGGUACUCCAUGGACUACGGGAUGUUCCGGUUCUGCGUGGCGGACAGCGAGCACGACUGGCGGGAGGGCACGGAGCAGUACAGCUUCCUGGACCGCUGCCUGGGCAGCGUGGACCGGGCGAGGCAGCCGUGGCUGGUCUUCAUCGCGCACCGCGUCCUCGGCUACUCCUCGGGCUUCUUCUACGGCUUCGACGGGACGUUCGCGGAGCCCAUGGCGCGGCAGAGCCUGGAGGGGCUGUGGCGGCGCCACCGGGUGGACGUCGCCUUCUACGGCCACGUCCACCAGUACGAGCGGACGUGCCCCGUCUACGAGGAGCGGUGUCUGCCGGACGGCCAUGGCACCGUCCACGUCGUCGUCGGGGGCGGCGGCAGCCACCUGUCCAACUUCACCGCCGAGGCCCCGCCGUGGAGCGUGUACCGGCAGAUGGACUACGGGUUCGGCAAGCUCACGGCGUCCGACGCCAGGUCGCUCCAGUUCGAGUACCGGCGGUCCAGCGACGGCAAGGUGUACGACAGCUUCACCCUGCGCAGGGACUGAGUUAGCUGUACCCUCUGGCCUCUGUCUGACCACAUGUUGCAGAGGAAAUCGGCUGUACACAUAAACUGAGAUGAACACAUGAUGUAGAGGAAAUCGGCUGUACACAUAAACUGAGAUGAACACGUCCGUGCAUAGAUUCUCCCAAGUACACUAUAAAUAAAGGGAAAAGAAAUCCACUUUACCUACAUAUCAGUCAGCUGACUUUUCAUUUUGUGGUCAAUCGAUUUUCUGUUCGUUGGA